AGGAGAGAGCGCACGCGCACGUGCACGAGCACGAGCACGAGCACGAGAGAAAUGCUGUCAACAAAUUGUAAGUUAUGCUAGGUGUCUUAAGGGUUUACAUGCUUCAUGUGAUUGUCUAUACAAAUGUUAAAAUGUUCUUGCUUAACGGGAUCUACGAAGAUGGAGUACAUUAUUGUGAGGAGGAGGACUUACGCUGAGAGGGUUUACCGUCAAAGGACAUCCUAUUUGGGCAUGACAGAGCUGGAAUGCAGGAACAAAUUACAUGUACCCCGCGAGGUGGUCCAAGUGGUGACGCGCAUCGUGGCCUCUGAUGCGCACCCUGGUGGCACCUGUGCUCUCCCUGUUGCUGUAAAGGUGACGGUGGCUCUGACCUUCUUCGCCACUGGGUCUUUCCAGCACACCGUGGCCACGGUGGCGGGGAUCAGUCAGAGAGCUGUCAGUUCGGCUAUACAUGCAGUGACGUCUAGUCUAGUCCGACAUGCAAAUGAGCACAUAAUUUUUCCAUCCACACCUGAGAGCCAGCUGGAAACGAAGCAAGGUUUCUUGUUGAAAUGUGGAUUCCCUGGGGUACUGGGAGCAAUCGACUGCACACGUGUACAGUUGCGCGCCCCAGAUACCCAAGCCAUCACUUAUGUGAACCGUAAGGGAGUACACUCCAUUAAUAUCCAGGGGCCUCAUUUAUAAAAGAGUGCUUAGGAUUCAUACUAAAAGUUGACGCGCGCCCAAAAGCUGAAAAUGGCGUGCGCCAAAAAAUAAUCUGAUUUAUAAAACCGUGCCUACUUCACACCUGCAAGCACUUUUCCCUUUAUAAAUCACAGUCCACCUGGAAGAUUGCACAGGUGGAUUCACCUCACAUCCCGCCCUCUACACACCCACAUUUUUCCAUGAAUGGUCAAUGCAAAGUACCUCAUGAAUGUUUUUGCAUAUAAAUAAGCCUGCUGAUCAAUGGCAUUUUACACUCAAUCAUGGCAGAGAAAACAAGGAAGAGAAAUUUCACGGAGACCAAAAUAGAUGUGCUUGUGGGUGAGGUGGAGGCCAGAAAAAUUAUUUUAUUUGGUGGUCACAGUAGUGGCAUCACUAAUAAAAGAAAAAUGAGUGAGUGGCAGCACGUCGUCACCGCUGUAAAUAGUGUGAGUGCCACAGAGCGAUCUGUGGCAGAGGUGAAAAAGAAGUGGUUGGAUCUGAAGGUGGAAGCCAAGAGGAGAGUGGCAUGGCACCGUCACAGCGUGUCUGCUACAGGUGGGGGCAAGGGCACACCCGAGCCCACACCGCUGGACACCAAAAUCGCCUCCAUCCUUGGGACGGCCAGCGUGUGUGGCAUAGUGUCGGAGAAGGAAGGAGACACAGAUUUGGCAGAGACCACAGAGGAGACCGGUAAAGUACAGUUUAAUCUGUUUAUUAAAUGUAUAAAUUAAAUAUUUUAACAGAGACUUCUGAAAAGGCAGUGGACUUACGUGUUGUGUCCUCAGUCACUCUAGAGUUGGAAGCAGUGGGUGACGAGGAGGUUCCGGGCACGGCGUGUCCUGGCACCGUGGCUGAAGGCCUGGCUGUCCCCAGCACCAGUGCGCCCAGCACCAAAGUGGCCCGAGCGCAUGGCGCACCUGGAGGUGGCCGGGUCCUGACCGACACUGUCCUGCAAACACAAAGGGACACCAUCAGUGCAGUAAAUGAAAUUAGAGACGAACUCCAACAAAUACGUGCAGUGAUGAGUAACGU